CUACGAUACGUCCGAGCGCCGCCACGACGUGAUAUGCGUUGCCAGUGGCUCGACCCGGAGCAGCCGCCCCCGCGUAAAUUGUGUAAUAAACUAUUUUCAAGUAUGCACGAAAUCGUGACGCAUUUAACCGUGGAGCACGUCGGUGGACCUGAGUGCACGACUCACGCGUGCUUCUGGCAGGGCUGCUCACGAAACGGCAGGCCGUUCAAGGCGAAAUACAAAUUGGUGAAUCACAUCCGGGUUCACACAGGAGAGAAGCCAUUCCCUUGCCCUUUCCCCGGCUGCGGGAAAGUUUUUGCAAGAUCGGAGAAUCUUAAAAUACACAAAAGAACGCAUACUGGCGAAAAACCGUUCAAAUGCGAAUACGCCGGGUGUGAUCGAAGAUUUGCAAAUUCAUCGGAUCGAAAGAAGCAUUCGCACGUGCACACGUCGGAUAAACCUUACAACUGUCGGAUCCACGGCUGUGACAAGUCAUACACGCACCCGUCUUCGUUAAGGAAACACAUGAAAGUGCACGGAGCUGCCGGAGACACUUCCCCUAGGUACGACAGCGACGGUGAUGACUCAUCCUCAGCCGGCAGCGUCAGCGUAACAGCCGGCGCCGCCAGCCCCACUGUGCCACUUCCUCCUGCCGCCCAACCAGCGCACCCGCCAUCCGGUCACCACCCCCAUCACCAACCAACCAUAACGGAUAAAUUAGAAAGCCUCAACGAAAAAUACCUCAAUCCCCACGAUCAGAAACCUUACGAGCGACCGCCAGCGCCCCCACAUCAUAACCAAGGCCCGCACUUAACGAACAUAGGCGGCAACGGGGUCAUGGAUAAUAAAAUAGGGUUCGGCGGUCAUUGGAGUCAGUUUCAGCAACCGGCGCCGGCGAUGCCUCACGGGGUACCAGAGUGGUGGUGUCCCACGCAGGAAUCGUACCACCAUCACCAUCUCAUGCAUCACUCGGGUGCCGCGGCCGCAUACUGA